ACUCAGUAGCGAAUUUCAUAAAAAUCAGUUACUGUAUCAAAAAAUCCUGGGGCAGGAUUGUCAGACGUCACUCCGUGAUUCUUUGGCUAUCAAUCUUGAAAACUCUUUUUAUAAAAAAGUGGCGCAGGCGUGCGAAAAAAGGACAAAUUUGAUAUCGAUUAUGGAAAUGCAAAAGAGAAGCUUGGGUAGUCAACCAAGCUUGGUCAGUCAACCAAUCACAGUCACAAGUAAUACGGACAAUAACGCUGGAUUAUCCGAAACAUACUUAAAAUGUAUGCAGGAGAGUACCGUAGGCGUUUUUCCCGAAGACAAGGGUGCAAUGAAUGCUUAUGAAGUAUAUAAAAGUUCUCCGGAGACGAGGCUAAUGAAAAGUGAGGCUGACAAAAGGAUAUAUGCUGACGCGCUUAUACAUCCGCCUGGCUUCGCACCUUUAUGGUAUUUAUGUGGAAAAGUUUUAUCGCAAAUGUAUGAGCCGAAUGAACUGAUUGAUUUAGUUAAAAAUGAUCCGAUUAUAAUGAGAAGCUACUACGAAACGCUGAGCCUUGAUCUACCAUUGGAGAAAUGUUACUAUAUAGAUGAUGAGAGCUAUUGGAAACGUUAUGUUUUGACACGUCACAACGAUCCGGGUUUGCAAGUUAAGAAAAUCGAUUGGAAAAAUAAGGGAAUCACAAUGAAAUUUGAAAAAUACCUGCAACAAUUAAGUGUUGGUGGUUUUGAUGAAGUCGAGAUGGAGAGUUUAUCAGAUAAAAUCAAAUUUUACGUAACCGAUUUACAUAUUGAACGUUUGCGUUCGAUAGAUGAGCGCACCCUACUCAAACAUGUGAGACGAGAUGACAUAUGUUCCUCAUCGGGCUCAUCGACAACUAUUCCCAGUAGUGAUGUUGGCGCGGAAGAACAGCUCGAAGCGGAAGAGGAAGAUACUGCAAGCAGAAGUGGGGGAAGUAGGAAUAGCAGCAUGCGAAGCUCACAAUCUGGUUCAAAUAAACAUGUUACGUUGAUUCCAAUAGUUAGCCAACCAAUGCAUACUAUCAGGGGAUUGUCAAGUAUAACAAGUGUCUACUCGACGUGGAAUUACAAUUCGAGAUCAAUUACUAGUUUGUGGUAUGACGGUGACGAUACCGAGUUUGAAGAUAAAUUAAUAAGGAAGGAAAAGAGAACGGCACAACGUUUAAGGCGACAAAAGCGGGCCGAGUGUAAAGAAGGCAAACGAAUCGCGGAAGAGCGGACGAAGGUUGAAGCCGAGGCAGCUGCUAAAGCGGCCGAAGAGAAGGAAGCAAAGGAAAGAUUGGCUAAAAGAAGAGCGGCAAGGCAAAAGAAGAAAGGUGAUGAUGAAAUGAUCAGUGUAUUUGAUAUGAAAGUUGAGCCGCCAGAAGAGGAAGAAGACAUUAUUGCUUUGAACGCACUAAAUAAAGAUAAAAUUAGGCAACUCCAAGUAGCAAUGAGGGACCCAGCGAUUGCAGAUUUUUGCCAUCAUGUAGAUUUGCGUCUAUUGAAGUAUUUUCCAUACUUGAAUACCUUGCGCAUUGAGUUCAAUGGUCCACCGCCACCAGCCAAAUAUGAGGAUUGGCAUUAUCAUAUCAGUACUCGUGACAUCGAACGAUUGGCCGAGGGCCUAAGAAGUCUAGGUGGUCUGCAAGUCUUUAGGCUACGCAAUAGUCGUUUGAAUGCACAUAAGCUAUUCUUACUCACGAGGAGUCUGAAGACAAUUCACUCCUUGAAAAUCGUUGAUUUCAGCUACGAUAAUUUAAAGGAUGAUUGCGGUGAGGGUCUUCAUGAACUCUUCCAAAGAACUACCUCAAUUGUAUCGCUCGAUCUAACCGGUAAUGAGCUCGGCGCUGAAGCGAUUUGUGAUUUGGCGAGGGCACUCGGCGGUUACGAUGGUUGCUGUCAGUAUUUGAGUUUGGCUCACAGCACUUUAAAUACUGACGCGCUGAAUUUGUUUUGCUUGCAUAUUGCCAAUACUGACCAGGUGCGAGAAUUAUGCUUGCGUGGCGCAAUAAUCUCCCAAGAGGGGAUCAAAAAUUGUAUUGCCCAGCAACUGAUACCAUAUCAUAGAGUGUUGCGGGCCAUUGAUAUGUCGGGAGUUAUAAUCGACACCGAUGUUGCAUGUGAAAUACUAAAGUCAUUUAGAAAUAACUAUAAAAUACGGAGAUUUGAUGUACGCGGUUGUGACUUACCUGCCGAAUUGGAGGUCGACUUCGAAAUUCUGGUUAAUCGAAAUAAAUUCCUCUUUAUUUAUCCAGCUAUUGGUGAUACCAGGAUAUCUAUUACAGAUAUUGAUCAAUCUCUUAAAAAAACAAGAAACAAAAUCCUUUUACGCGCAAUAGAAGCGGUAGAAGCGAGAGACGAGUGCUUGAAGCUGCGCCCGAAUUUAUUCCAUCGCGGUAGUGAAGCACCAAGUUCUAUAUUUGAUUUCCAUCUAGAACAGCUAAACGACGAAGAAAAAGAAGAAGAAGAAGGAGGCGCCGAAGCAGAAUUAUACGAAGAAGAGAGCUUAAGUUCGACUACGAAAUUUCAUACCGAAGAUCCAAAUAAGUUUAACAAGCAUGAAAUAAUGUCACGCUUUUGGUAUUUUGACAUACCAAGAGGACCACAUCCAAAUUAUUAACAAAAAAAAUUUGUUUAUUUACCAGUGACAGAAGUAUAUAUACAAUUUGUCACGUAUUUUUAAUAAGUCUGGGAAAAAAUUAAAAUGAUACAAUAUAAUUUGGACUACAAAAC